GAUGGAGAUUGUCGUGACGCCUGCCGAGGACACGCCCACGACAGACGGACAGGAGCUAAAGAACGAGAGGCAACACUCCUCGGACGCCAGUCGCGCGUCCCCGCCGCCACCACCGACUGUGGGCUGCAGGACGGACUACGCGGGCAUGCGUUCGAGCGUCUUCCUGGACGUGCACGCGCCCAUGGAGGUGUCCACGUCGGUGGUGCUCAGGUUCUGCCGGGAGAACGUGCUCAGCCACUACUUCCGACUCCUCGCCAUGGUCGGCUGGCGGCCCCUUGUGGAUACCAGUGAGCACGUGCGCUGCCAGCCCGCGCUGCAGACGCUCAACGUCAUGCACAACCUCGUCCUCUUCAUCCUCCUCGUACUAGGGCACGUGCUUCAAUACAUGUCCUGCUUCCGCAGGGACGGCAUCACGUGUGGCAGCAGCUGGUUCGCCGUGUACCUCCUGCCCGCUGUGAUGCAGGUCGUAGCGUACGUCGUCGCGUUGAUGCACACGCGUUCGCACGAGAACGAGCAGUUCCAGUCGCUCGUCGAGAAGGUCUUCCUGCAGCUUACCCCUACCGAUGUCUGGAACGUCUCCAAGAAGCGCAUCAAGCGUCGGCUGCACGCCGUCUGCGCCGCCGGCGUCCUCUGGAGCGUCGCCUCGUUGGCCUCGCAGGUGCUCAACGUCUACGCCGGUGGCACGCUCAGACUCAAGUGGAUGUACGUCGCGGAGGACGACGAGGAAGUGCACUACUUCCUGUUCGGAGCACUCGUCACGAUGCAGCUCUUUCACGACAUCGUGAGCAUGACCAUCGCUACGAGCUACGCCAUCCAUUGCCAGCUGCUACUCGUCUACCUGCAGAACAUGUCGCAAGCCGUGCGAGAGAGGAGGAUGACCUUCCUCGAGUUCUUCCGCGGCGUCGAAGAGGCGCGUAAGAGCGUCCGGUACCUCAACCAGAAGCAGGCCCUGGCGGUAACGGUGCAGACGAUCUGGGUGACCUCGAGGACGGUGGUGUGCUUCUGCGCCCUGCUAGGUACGCCAUGGACGCAUUGGUCUCGUUUCCUAGCCGACUGGCUCAACGUGCUCGUCUGGCUGUCGCUCGUGCUCAUUCCUCUGGUGCAGGCGAGCCGGCUCAGCUCGACGUGUCGCCACGUGCGCGAGCUGGGCCUCGAACUGACGGCGCGCCCCUUCGUUUACCGCGACGCCCCGCAGUCCGAGCUAGACACGUUCCUCCUUUUCACGACGUCGCUGAGGAUGCAAGCGAAGCUCUGCGCCCUGCCCGUAACCAAGCGCACGGUGAUAUUCGUGUUCCUGUUUAUUGGGAUCAGCCUCUUCAUAUCCGUGCAGCUGGACAUCGUUGGUUUCAGGCCCUAA